UCCAAGAGCUCUUGUUUGCCUUCCUCUCCAAACCAAUUGACUAGUUAUUCCCACCCCUUGAUUCCGCUUUCCGCACUCCUCUUCUAUCUUUGCUUAUUUGAUACGCUCAUCCCGCAAAGAAAGAAUCGGGGUUUCCUAAAAACGCCGGAGGUGUGAGAAUAUCAUCUCUCCCGCUUAUAUUCCCGCCGGAGUGACUUCUCUUUCUCAAGCUCCUCCACAAACCCUCGUCAAUCCCAUCUCAAACCCUAACCCUAGCCCAUGGAAUUCCUCUCUCCUUCGCUCUUGUUUUGUUCUAAUCUCUGGAUGAAUCCAUUCAGAAAAGCCGGGUUCAAUUGAUUGUGCUACAAUUUCUCUCUGCUGGGUAAUGGGCUUCAUUUGGAAUUUCUAAUUCGUUAUUCAUGUCGAGUACCCUUCAUAGAAGAUAGCUUUUAGUUGCUGGAUUUUUUUAGCAUUUUUUUUAGUUGCUGGAACAAGUAGGAAUGGGAAGAACUUCUAUGAAAAAAGUUGGUUGCUUGACUCGGAGGCAACGAUGCCCUUGUGGGGAUGAGAAAUGCUUCAUCCAAGAGGAAUUGGAUGAGGAAGUUGCAUUGAUCGAUCCUGCUUGCAAGACAAAAUAUGCUCAAGAAACAAUCCAUAGUUCUGAAAUCGAUGCUUUUGGCGCCGCUCCUUACAUAGGUCAAAUUUUCUGGAGUGAUGAUGAGGCACAGGAGUACUAUACAAGCUUUGCUCAGAAAAAUGGUUUUGCAAUCAGACGAGAGCGCUCCAAAGGGAACGCUGAGCAUCCUCUAGGAGUCUUCAAGAGAGAGCUUGUUUGUCAUCGUGCUGGCCCUCCUCUAGCAAGGAAAAGUGGAGAAGAGAAGCGCCAGAGGAAGACAAAGUCUGCUCGUUGCCAAUGUGAAGCACGGAUGGUUAUAAAGAAAGAUGUGGCAUCAGGUGUAACUCGAUGGUUGGUUGUCAAAUUUAAUAAUGUGCACAACCAUGAAUUGUUGAAUAUCAAUGAUGUGCACCAUCUCCCUUCCUACCGAUAUAUACCAGCAGUUGACCGUGAGCAUAUCUUAGUUCUUGCCAAGGCUGGUUGCAGUGUAAGUCUCAUAAUGAAGACUCUUGAAAUGGAGAAAGGAGUGAAGUCUGGUGAGCUAACAUUCACAGAGAGGGACUUGAGAAAUUUCCUUCAAGCCUCCAAGUGUAUUGAUAGAGAACAUGAAGGAUUAGAACUUCUGAAGGCAUGUAAAGUGAUGAAAGAUAAGAACCCCGAUUUUCGGUAUGAUUUCACUCUGGAUGAGAACAAUAAACUUGAGCAUAUAUCCUGGUCAUAUGCAGAUUCUGUUCGUGCAUACAAGGUGUUUGGAGAUAUGGUGGUUUUUGACACAUCAUAUCGACUAUAUGCUUAUGAUAAAGUUGUAGGUGUGUGGUUUGGUGUAGACAACCAUGGGCAAAUAAUAUUUCUUGGCUGUGUUCUCUUGCAUGAGGAAGCCCCUCAGGCAUUUAGAUGGGCCUUGCAGUCAUUUGUGAAGCUCAUGGAUGGGAAAUUCCCACAAACAAUACUCACUGAUCUGGAUAUGGGACUUAAAGAUGCAGCAUUGAGCAUGUUACCAAACACCAAGCACGCAUUUGCUAUAUGGCAUAUUAUGUCCAAGUUUUCAAGUUGGUUUUCUGCUUUGCUUGGUUCUCAAUAUGAGAAGUUCAAGUCUGAGUUUCAGAGAAUAUUUGAGUUGGAGACUGUGGAGGACUUUUCACAUCAAUGGGAUCAGAUGGUUACUGAAUUUGGAUUAAACUUAGAUAGACAUGUAAGCCUGCUUUCUGUUCAUAGGCUUUUCUGGGCACUGCCAUACCUACAAGGUUGGUUUCUAGGUGGGCCAAUGACUGCUGGACAUUCAUUGUCAAUCAAGACGUUCUUCAGGGGAUUCUUGAAUUCACAAACGCUCCUUAAAGAUUUUAUUGAACAGGUGAGUGUUGCAGUUGACUUUCAAACUCAAGCAGGGGAAGAGGCAACCAGGCAAGAAAAUAAUCAGCAUGUUAAGAUCAAAACAUGCAUGCCGAUGGAAGAACAUGCAUCAACAAUCCUUACCCAUCAUGCAUUUGACUUAUUUCAAAAAGAAAUCAUGCUGUCAACACAGUUUGCGGUUUUUGAAACAUCAGGAGAUAGUUAUAUCAUCAGACACCACUUGAAGUCCGAUGGAGGUCACCUGGUGAACUGGAUUCCAUUGAAUGAAGAGAUUCAUUGCAGCUGCAAAGGGUUUGAAUCAUCUGGAAUACCAUGCAGACAUGCUCUCCGAGUGCUGUCAUUGAAGAACUUCUUCUCUGUUCCUGAGAAAUAUCUGUUGGUUCGGUGGUGCAAAGAGAGCUCAUUGUUUCCUAAAAGUAAUGGCUACAAGUAUCGCUCACAAGCCCUGUGUUCUCUAGCUUCUAUCAUUGUCCAAGAAGCUUCUAUAACCAAAGAUCGUUUUCGAUUACAUACAGUGGCAUUUGGGCAGGCUUCUUGCUUAUGUAAGGGACAUGCCGGCUACUGAUGAAGGUGCCUCAAAUCUUGAUCCAAGCACACUUCUUGAUGCUACACUCGACAUUAUUCCUCCAAGGUCAGCUGUUAGAGGAAGACCAAGAAAAUUGAAAGCUCAUGCUGAAAACAAACUGCAUGACAAUGCAAGGGACAUUGCACCCACUAAUGGCCUUGCCUCAGAUCCCCGAUCAUCAUUUGAUCUUGCAGUCGAUAUCGAUCCGGCAAAGUUGAUUACCACAGGAGGACCAGGAACAUCAAAUUGUGCUGCAGAAAUGCUUUAAAAAAAUGUACUUGCCUUAAUUGGCUUUAAUGCCAGCUUCGUUCUUCGGAGCUACAUUGGUGUCAACAGUGGCAACCAUGGAGGAGGAUGAGAAAGAGUGUGCAGACCAGUUGCAGAACCUGGCUUCAUGCAUACCAUACGUGAGCGGCAUUGCACCGAAAGCCGACACCACAGUGCUGUGAAGACACAGAGAAAGUUCGAAGCCAGCAACCAAAGUGUCUGUGUGUGCUCAUCAAAGAGAGCACUGAUCCCUCACUUGGACUCCCUAUUAACACCACACUUGCUCUUCAUAUGCCCAAAGCCUGCAACAGUGAUGCCAAAGUAUUUUGAAGCUUUCUCCAGACUCUCCUGAUGCCAAGAUUUUCAAAGAAGCUGGUGAUGAUGCAUCCACAAACACAAACACAACAUCUUCU